AUGGAGAGGGGAAACCAAACCGGCAUCUUGGAAUUCCUCCUCCUGGGACUGUCCGACCGGGCAGAACAGCAGCAGCCUCUCUUCAUACUGUUCCUCUGGAUGUACCUGCUUGGGUUCCUGGGGAGCCUGCUCAUCAUCCUGGCUAUUGGCUCCGACCCGCACCUGCACACCCCCAUGUACUUCUUCCUCACCAACCUCUCCCUGACUGACGUCUGUCUCCUGUCCACCACGGUCCCCAACAUGCUGGUCAAUAUUCAGACCCACAGCAAAUCCAUAUCCUACACUGGCUGCCUGGCGCAAAUAUAUUUCUUCAUUCUAUUCGUAAGUCUGGACCACUUUCUCCUCACCGGGAUGGCUUAUGACCGCUACGUGGCCAUAUGCCACCCCCUCCACUACACCACCAUCAUGAGUCCACGGCUCUGUGCCCUGAUGGUUUCUGGGUCUUGGAUCAUCAGCAGUCUCUAUGCUCUGACACAUACUUUAAUGGUUACUCGGUUAAGAUCCCCCGGCCCCAUGGAGGGGGGAAACCAAACCAGCAUCACAGAAUUCCUCCUCCUGGGACUGUCUAACCAGAUGGAGCUGCGGCAGCUCGUCUUCAUGCUGUUUCUCUGGAUGUACCUGCUCGGGGUCCUGGGGAGCCUGCUCAUCGUCCUGGCCAUCGGCUCUGACCCGCACCUGCACAACCCCAUGUACUUCUUCCUCACCAACCUGUCCCUGGUCGACAUCUGUCUCCUGUCCACCACGGUCCCCAAGAUGCUGGUCAACAUACAGACCCACAAGAAAUCUAUAUCCUACGCUGGCUGCCUGGCCCAAACGUAUUUCAUCAUUCUGUUAGGAGGUCUGGACCACUUUCUCCUCACCGCGAUGACAUAUGACCGCUACGUGGCCAUAUGCCACCCCCUCCACUACACCACCAUCAUGAGCCCACGACUCUGUACUCUGGUGGUUGCUGGGUCCUGGCUCGUCAGUUCCCUCCAUGCCCUGAUACACACCCUAUUGGUGGUUCGCUUAUCCUUCUGUUCCAAUCGUGAAAUUCUUCACUUCUUCUGUGAACUUUAUGAGGUCCUAAAGCUUUCCUGUUCUAGUAUCAUCAUCAACGAAGUAAUGAUUCUUGUCGUUGCAGUAGUGAUUGGGGUAGGUCCCCUCACCGGGCUCCUGUCCUCUUACAUUAGCAUUAUCUCCACCAUAUUGAGAAUCCCAUCUGCAGGGGGAAGGUGGAAAGCUUUCAGAACCUGUGGUUCUCACCUGUCCGUGGUUUCUUUAUUCUACAGCACCACUCUUGGGAUCUACCUUUGUCCACCAUCUACCCAAACAUUCAGUAAAGGUACGAUAGCGUCUGUGCUGUAUACAGUGGUCACCCCCACAAUGAAUCCCUUCAUCUACAGCCUAAGGAACAAGAACAUGAAAGAGGCCCUGAGAAAUGUGUUCAAUAGGAAAAGUGUCUUCUCUCGAGUAUUCUGA